AUGGCGUCAUCAUUCAACGUUGCCGACCUGGCCGAGUAUAUCGAUCUGGACAAGCAGAGCCUAUUGAUCUCGGCAGGGUCAAUCAUCUUCAACCCGCUCUUCUGGAACUUGCUUACACAUCGUCUUCCUGUAGCAUCAUCGCUCGUCAAGGUUCGAAAGCUCGUCCAUUCCGCAGAAUACCACAACAAGGUCCUGACCAGGCUGUUUGGGGGCAGACCCUACCCGGCCUGCUAUGCCCUCGCCGUGACCAUCUUCUCGCUGGGCCUCCUCCGCGAUUGGCUGUACAAGACGGCCCUGUCGGAGCAGCCCUCGCACCCGCUCCUGGAGACGCUGUACUCGCAAGCUGCCGGAUACACGCUGUUCAUCCUCGGCAACAUCCUUGUCGUCUCGUCGACGUGGCGCCUGGGCAUCACGGGCACCUUCCUGGGCGACUACUUUGGCAUCCUGAUGGACGAGAUGGUGACGGGCUUCCCCUUCAACGUGACAUCGGCCCCGAUGUACUGGGGCUCGACGAUGAACUUUCUGGGGACCGCCUUCGUCUUUGGCAAGCCUGCUGGUGUCGCGCUGACCGUCGGCGUGCUCGUCGUGUACAUCAUCGCCCUGCGGUUCGAGGACCCGUUCACUGCUGGGAUUUACGCCAGACGUGAGCGCGAGCGCGAGGCAGCCAAAUCUGGCAAGAAGCAGAAAUAA